UCCCCCUCCGGCAUCAGGUCUGAGUGGUACGCGCCCCCCGGUGCAGACGCGGAACUGGCGCCCGCUGGCCGCGGCGCCGGGCUAGGAAGCGAGGAGCGCUCCGCGGCGGGGAGACGGCGGGCGGGUCUGGCAGGUUCCUGCGAGAGUAGAUUAUAUCAAAAUUCCUCCUGGGAACGCUGGCUCCUUGCUCAAUGCCCUGAAGUUUCUCUGCGAUGAACUGAUACAUCGGAACCAUGGUGCAAAAGAAGUCCUGCCCUCGGCUACUUGACUAUCUAGUGAUCGUAGGGGCGAGGCACCCAAGCAGUGACAGCGUGGCUCAGACUCCAGAACUGCUUCGGAGAUACCCACUAGAGGAUCACCCAGAGUUCCCCCUGCCCCCUGAUGUGGUGUUCUUCUGCCAACCGGAGGGAUGUCUCAGUGUGCGGCAGCGUCGCAUGAGCCUUCGAGAUGACACCUCUUUUGUCUUCACCCUAACCGAUAAGGACACCGGGGUCACCCGCUAUGGCAUCUGUGUCAACUUCUACCGCUCCUUCCAAAAGCGAAUGCCAAAGGAAAAGGUGGAAGGCGGAGCAGGACCGCGCGGGAAGGAAGGGACCCAUGCGCCCUGCACAGUCGCAGAAGAGGUGGCCACGGGCAACUCCGAGAGCGGCCCAACCUUGCAGCCUCCCAGUGCUGACUCCACUCCUGAUGUGAACCAGUCUCCUCGGGGCAAACGUAGGGCGAAAGCGGGCAGCCGCUCCCGCAACAGUACCCUGACGUCCCUCUGCGUGCUUAGCCACUAUCCUUUCUUCUCCACCUUCAGAGAGUGUCUGUAUACUCUCAAACGUCUGGUGGACUGCUGUAGUGAACGGCUGCUAGGCAAGAAACUGGGCAUCCCGCGGGGUGUACAGAGGGACACCAUGUGGCGGAUCUUUACUGGAUCGCUGCUAGUGGAGGAGAAGUCCAGUGCCCUUCUGCAGGACCUUCGAGAGAUUGAGGCCUGGAUCUAUCGGUUGCUACGCUCCCCGGUGCCCGUCUCUGGGCAGAAGCGAGUGGACAUUGAGGUCCUACCCCAGGAGCUCCAGCAGGCCCUGACAUUUGCUCUUCCAGAUCCGUCUCGAUUCACCCUAGUAGAUUUCCCGCUGCAUCUUCCCUUGGAACUUCUGGGCGUGGACGCUUGCCUUCAGGUGCUGACCUGCAUCCUGUUGGAGCACAAGGUGGUGCUACAAUCUCGAGACUACAAUGCGCUCUCCAUGUCUGUGAUGGCAUUUGUGGCAAUGAUCUACCCGCUGGAGUACAUGUUCCCGGUCAUCCCGCUACUUCCCACCUGCAUGGCAUCGGCAGAGCAGCUACUCUUGGCUCCAACCCCAUACAUCAUUGGAGUUCCUGCCAGCUUCUUCCUCUACAAGCUAGAUUUCAAAAUGCCUGAUGACGUGUGGCUAGUGGAUCUGGACAGCAGCAGGGUGAUUGCCCCCACCAAUGCAGAAGUGCUCCCCAUCCUGCCAGAGCCAGAAUCAUUAGAGCUGAAAAAGCACUUAAAGCAGGCCCUAGCCAGCAUGAGUCUCAACACCCAGCCCAUUCUUAACCUGGAGAAAUUCCACGAGGGCCAGGAGAUCCCACUUCUUUUGGGAAGGCCAUCCAAUGACCUUCAGUCCACACCUUCCACUGAAUUCAACCCACUCAUUUAUGGCAAUGAUGUAGAUUCCGUCGACGUUGCAACGAGAGUGGCCAUGGUACGUUUCUUCAACUCUGCUAACGUGCUGCAGGGCUUUCAGAUGCACACACGUACCCUGCGGCUCUUCCCCCGGCCCGUGGUAGCUUUCCAAGCUGGCUCCUUCCUGGCCUCACGUCCCCGGCAGACUUCCUUUGCUGAGAAACUGGCCAGGACUCAAGCUGUGGAGUAUUUUGGAGAAUGGAUCCUGAACCCUUCUAACUAUGCCUUCCAACGGAUUCACAACAAUACAUUUGAUCCGGCCCUGAUUGGUGACAAGCCAAAGUGGUACGCUCACCAGCUGCAGCCUAUCCACUACCGAGUCUAUGAUGGCAACUCCCAGCUGGCCGAGGCCCUGAGCGUGCCACCUGAGCGCGAUUCUGACUCUGACCCCACCGAGGACAGUGGCAGUGAUAGUCAGGAUUAUGAUGACUCAAGCUCUUCUUACUCCUCCCUUGGGGACUUCGUCAGUGAAAUGAUGAAAUGUGACAUCAAUGGCGACACUCCCAAUGUGGAUCCUCUGACGCAUGCAGCCCUGGGAGAUGCCAGUGAAGUGGAGAUUGAUGAGCUGCAGCCCCAGAAGGAGGGAGAAGAGCCUGGCCCAGACAGUGAGAACUCUCAGGAAAACCCGCCGCUGCGCUCCAGCUCCAGCACCACUGCCAGCAGCAGCCCGAGCACCGUCGUCCACGGUGCCCACCCUGAAGCUGCUGAUUCUACAGAGAUGGGAGAUAAGGCAGCAGCAGGCAUCUCCAAGCCCUUCCCUCCUGUGCCUCCCAGCAUUUGCAAAUCUUCUGUGGACAGGAGGCAGACAGAGACUGGAGAGGGGUCAGUGUGCCAGCGAACCUAUGACAAUCCAUACUUCGAGCCCCAGUAUGGCCUCCCCCCUGAGGAAGACGACGACGAGCAGGGGGAGAGCUACACUCCCCGAUUCAACCAACAUGUCAGUGGCAGUCGGGCUCAAAAGCUGCUGCGGCCCAACAGCUUGAAGCUGGCAAGCGACUCGGACGCAGAGUCAGACUCCCGAGCAAGCUCUCCCAACUCCACUGUCUCUAACACCAGCACCGAGGGCUUUGGGGGCAUCAUGUCUUUUGCUAGCAGCCUGUAUCGGAACCACAGUACAAGCUUCAGUCUUUCAAACCUCACCCUGCCCACCAAAGGCGCCCGAGAAAAGACUACACCAUUCCCCAGCCUGAAAGUAUUUGGGCUAAAUACUCUAAUGGAGAUUGUUACUGAAGCCGGCCCUGGGAGUGGUGAAGGAAACAGGAGGGCCUUAGUGGACCAGAAGUCAUCUGUCAUCAAACACAGCCCGACUGUGAAAAGAGAACCUCCUUCACCACAGGGCCGGUCCAGCAACUCUAGCGAGAACCAGCAGUUCCUGAAGGAAGUGGUCCACAGCGUGCUGGAUGGCCAGGGAGUGGGCUGGCUCAAUAUGAAAAAGGUCCGCCGGCUGCUGGAGAGCGAGCAGCUCCGAGUCUUUGUCCUGAGCAAGCUGAACCGCGCGGUGCAGUCCGAGGAUGAUGCCCGGCAGGAUGUCAUCCAGGACGUGGAGAUCAGUCGGAAGGUGUACAAGGGGAUGCUGGACCUCCUCAAGUGCACGGUCCUCAGCCUCGAGCAGUGCUACGCCCAUGCGGGCCUGGGUGGCAUGGCCAGCGUCUUCGGGCUUUUGGAGAUUGCCCAGACCCACUACUACAGUAAAGAACCAGACAAACGGAAGAAAAGUCCAACAGAGAAUGUAAACACCCCAGUCGGCAAGGAUCCUGGUCUGGCUGGGCGGGGGGACCCAAAGGCCAUGGCCCAGCUAAGGGUCCCUCAGCUGGGUCCUCGGGCACCCAGUGCUACAGGAAAGGGUCCUAAAGAACUGGAUACCAGAAGUCUAAAGGAAGAGAAUUUCGUAGCGUCUGUUGGGCCAGAGGGCAUCAAGCCUGUCUUUGACCUGGGUGAGACAGAGGAGAAAAAGUCCCAGAUCAGCGCAGACAGUGGUGUGAGCCUGACAUCUGCUUCCCAGAGGACUGAUCAAGACUCUGUCAUCGGUGUGAGUCCAGCUGUUAUGAUCCGAAGCUCAAGUCAGGAUUCUGAAGUUAGCACCGUGGUGAGUAAUAGUUCAGGAGAGACCCUUGGAGCCGACAGUGACCUGAGCAGCAACGCGGGUGACGGGCCAGGCGGGGAAGGCAGUGCCCACCUGGCGGGUUCUCGGGCCACACUGUCCGACAGCGAAAUCGAAACCAAUUCUGCUACAAGCACCAUCUUUGGUAAAGCCCAUAGCUUGAAGCCAAAGGAGAAGCCGGCUGGUAGUCCGGUUCGCUCUUCCGAAGACGUAAGCCAGCGAGUCUAUCUCUAUGAGGGACUGCUAGGCAAAGAGCGUUCUACUUUGUGGGACCAAAUGCAGUUCUGGGAAGAUGCAUUCUUGGAUGCCGUGAUGUUGGAGAGAGAAGGAAUGGGUAUGGACCAGGGUCCUCAGGAAAUGAUCGACAGGUACCUGUCCCUAGGGGAACAUGACCGGAAGCGCCUGGAGGACGACGAGGACCGCGUGCUGGCCACACUUUUACACAACCUCAUAUCCUAUAUGCUCCUGAUGAAGGUGAACAAGAAUGACAUCAGGAAGAAAGUGCGGCGCCUAAUGGGAAAGUCCCACAUUGGGCUGGUGUACAGCCAACAAAUCAACGAGGUGCUCGAUCAGCUGACCAACCUGAGUGGACGUGAUCUCUCCAUCCGAUCCAGUGGCAGCCGGCACAUGAAGAAGCAGACGUUUGUUGUGCAUGCAGGGACGGACACCAAUGGAGAUAUCUUUUUCAUGGAAGUGUGUGACGACUGUGUGGUGUUGCGCAGUAACAUUGGGACAGUGUACGAGCGCUGGUGGUACGAAAAGCUCAUCAACAUGACCUACUGUCCCAAGACCAAGGUCCUGUGCUUAUGGCGUAGAAACGGCUCCGAGACCCAGCUCAACAAGUUCUAUACCAAGAAGUGUCGGGAGCUGUACUACUGCGUGAAGGACAGUAUGGAGCGUGCGGCAGCCCGACAGCAAAGCAUCAAGCCUGGGCCUGAGCUAGGCGGUGAGUUCCCUGUGCAGGACAUGAAGACUGGAGAGGGUGGCUUGCUUCAAGUCACCCUGGAAGGGAUCAAUCUCAAGUUCAUGCACAACCAGGUUUUCAUAGAGCUGAAUCACAUUAAAAAGUGCAAUACAGUUCGAGGCGUCUUUGUCCUGGAAGAAUUUGUUCCUGAAAUUAAAGAAGUGGUGAGCCACAAGUACAAGACACCAAUGGCCCACGAGAUCUGCUACUCUGUGUUGUGUCUCUUCUCGUACGUGGCCGCAGUUCGUAGCAGCGAAGAAGACCUCCGAACCCCACCUCGGCCCGUCUCUAGCUGAUAGAGGGGGUACACAGCUGGCCCCUCACCUCUUGCUGCUCCUAAGCACCGACGCUGCUGUGACUGAAAUGGGGAUGAUGUGUGUGUGUUCUCCGCAAGCUCCUUCCCUCGGUUUAGCUGGUUCCAUCUCAUGUCUGAGUGUGUCUUUGUGUUCAUCUGUCACGGGGCUAAGCUAGUCUUAUUACCUUCUCUUCCUACAGUAGCAGAUGAGCCUUCUGUCCCCUCAGGGUGAGAGAGAGAGAGAGAGAGAGAGAGAGAGAGAGAGAGAGAGAGAGAGAGAGAGAGAGAGAGAGAGAGAGAGAAUGUGUGUGUGUGUGUGUGUGUGUCUGUGGGGGUCACUGUGAGCCCACUAUUGCCUGUCCUUGAGAUGUUUUGCACUGUAGUCCCUUGUCCUAGUCCUUAUACCCUCUACUUUAGGGGUCUUCUCUCCCUCCUCUGUGACCUGGCACUGCGGGGCACCUGGGACUGACUGUUCCACUCUGGGAAGUGAGAGACACUUGGGGACAAGCCUUCCUGGCUGAGGGCCCCAGAGGAGGAGGAGGAAGGGAGGAUUCCAGGGUAGCUCAGUAGGUGGCGUCCUCCCAGUUCCUAAACUGUGGCUGCACGUCAAGUCACGCCACGCCACGCCACGCCACGCCACGCCACGCCGCUGCCUGCCUGUCCCUGCUCCGCUCCGUUGAUGAAUGUCCCUGAAUGACUGCCUUGUGCCAGGCUGGGAUUUUUGCAGUGAUCUUCCUGGCCUUUGACAUGAGGGGACAAAGCAGUGAGGGGACAGAGGAGUGAGGUGACGGUGUCCCAGACAGCACCAGCUGCUCUGCCUGAGGGCCGGGGAAUGGUGGGUCAGGGCCAAGCUGAGCUCAAAGCAUGUGUGCCUGUCUGCAGGCAGAGUCUCCUGGCUUCGGUGCCAGAAGAACGCUAUGGACUGGACAGGAGAAGAGUGUAAAUAUUUCAGCUCCACAUUAUUUAUAGAAAAAUGUACAGCUGUGUGAUGUGAAAUAAAUGUCCUGAACUCUG